GUUUGCUUCACAGUUAUUAUUUUAUAUUUACUAUUUCACACCACAUUAUUCACAUUUAUUUUACAUCACUUCUCGCACUUCAGUUUUGUAUUCCAUAAUCACCAUGUCCGCAAACAACACUGAGUUUAAUGAAGAAAAAAAGUUCAAACACAGCCUGGUAGACCAGCUCAAAAAUUCUGUCAUCCUGGAGGCUACAAUCUUACAGCAAGCGCAUAUUGGCCAAGAAGCCGGAAUCAGCGCCAUAAUUGCAAUGGCCGAUCAUUAUAACACCAACAUGUCAUCUUUACCCGACCCCGACGUAUUUGCUCGUUACAUCGAUGCUGUGGCUCUGCCGAUUAUUGGGUGCGUGCGUCCAGGCCACGUAGUUGAAGCAUUUGUUUUAGAAAGUUUCAAUAUCGAUUGUAUAGAGGAAUCGGAAAACAUGGACCACGGGAUACUUGAUAAGCGCCAGUUUGUGACCCCACUCAUUCCUAUUGAAAACAUUGCCGAAAAAGUGUACGGAAUACUCAAAGGAAUUCGCGAUUUGAAAAAUAAUUCAGAAAGUGAAUUGUUGGAAAUGGCCAAUGAUGUCAAUAUACCGCUAGAGUUGAUAAUGGAAAUCAGGGAUAAGGGAAAGACGCCUGCAGAUGCCGCAUGUUUCAUGGAGUGUGGAUGCGAUGGUAUUAUUCUUAGCUCAUCAACCACAAAGGUAUAUGAUCCAGUACAGCGUAUAGCCGCAUUGGUUAAGGCAGUUAAUAACUACAAGAAUGUCGACCUUAUUGCGGAGAUGAUGUUGCAGUAUGAGUACAUGUAAAUUUGACGCAGUCGGUUUGCAGUGUUGUGAUUUGGAGAGGGCACUAGUCGUCUAGUGUUAAAGGUGUU